UUACCGUCGAUAUUGUCACAGUUUUUCCAAACAAACAGUGCAUUAACUAAUUGGCGUUAAACUCAAUGGAAAAUGGCACGAUUUUGUUUUGUUUGCAAUGAAAAGAUGGAUGUGUGGCGUCAGAAUUUCACCAAACUAAAAUUAAACCAUUCAAAAAUGUUAUUGAGCAAUUUGCUGAAGACGAUUCUCAUUGAUAUUCGAUCAAAUCGAAAUGUUGAUGACUGCAACAAUUGUAUUUGUCUAAAGUGCUACAAUGUAAUUGAUAAAUAUGAUUGGAUGCGUUGGAUGGCGAGAAAGAAAGAAAUUCAAUUAAAAAGUGUUCUAUCGAUGACGGAAAAAUUGCUAGGCAAUGAGAUGGAAUUCGAUAAUGGAGUAAAAUGUGAGAAUGAUGAACAUUUGGCCGUGAUAGAAGAUGAAGCAUCAUUAACACAGCAAGUGAUUGAUGGAAAUACAAAUCCUCAAAAUGAAGAGUCAGCUGUCAUGGUGAUAAUAGAGACAGUUCAAGCAGUCAAGAGUGAAGACGAGGAAAAAAAUACCGAAAAUGUAAAAGUUGAAGUCGACGAUGAGGAAGAAGGUGUCAAUGAACCAGAAGUAUAUGCAGGCGUAGUGAACCCAACUGGAAUGGAUCCACUGGAUACAAACAAUAAAAUGCCACCAGAACAUUUCGAAGAAUUCGAGGAGUCUAGUGUAAUGACUGACCAAGAUGAGGAGCAAAGUGAAGUAUCCGAGGAUAAUAAUAAAAUUAAUGUCGAAGCUCCUGAAAUGGGCGAGAAUGGAAAACUCGCGAUGGUAUUAUUGGAACAAUUAAAGCAACGCAUGGAAAUAAAACGCUCGAAGGAUGAAGCAUUUUCUGGUGCGAAUUACAUAUCAGAAGAGUGUAUAAUUUGCAAUGACAGUAAAAAAUAUUGCCGAUAUCUUUAUAUGAAUCACCUUAAAAAACAUAUAAAAAUCGAUGCACAAACAUGUCAUAUAUGCAACAUACACUUUACGAAUCGUGGCAAACAUAAGACACACCGAAACUUUCACAACCGAAACCCUGGGUUUGUUUGCUACAUAUGUUGUUUGCCACUUGAAAAUAAAGACCUUUUAAUUCAACAUUUGAAACUACACAACAGCUUGCCUCAUACUCAAUGUGUGAUUUGUGGUAAAAAAUUUCCGGCACCAAAUCUUUCCAAAAUACGAAUUCAUAUGACCACUCAUUUUGUAGCAAAUAACAUGUGUGAUUUGUGUGGCAAAAAAUUCAAAACGCUCAGACAAAUGGAAGUCCAUCGCAAGAGACAUCUCGAUGAUCGUCCGGAAAAAUGCCAUCUAUGCCAGAAAGCAUUCAAAUCAAAAGAUGGCCUUAAAGUGCACGUUAAAACACAUACAGACACACAGCGACCUUUUGCCUGCUCACAUUGCCCAAUGAGGUUUAAACUCAAGUAUCAUAUGCAGCAGCAUGAACGACGCCACAUAGAAUAUACAAAAACGUUGAAAUGUCAUCUGUGUGAAUCGUCAUUCGAACACAAAUUCCAUCUGAAUCAACACAUCAAACGAAAACAUCAUGAAUUGCCUGAAAAAUGAAAUGCCAUUGGAAAAUCGUCUUAAAAUAUGGGUUUUGAUAAUUACUUAACCUUGAAUAGAAAAACUGACUUUUGAGUUUUAUCAAUAGUAUUGGAGACUCCAAUUUGGAGUUGUAAAAUAAAAGAGGAACCAAAUGUUUUUCAAGUAAA